CUGUCACUCCUCCUCUGUCGUCUCUGUUCUGUUCUUUUGUAACCACCCACUUGAACCGGAACCUUUUCUCGGGAUUUGCAGCCCUCCCUAUCGGUCUAUCGCCCUGACAGCCAGCCACAACACCGAUCCACACACACACCGAGCGCCCGUCAGCGCUCAUCUCUUCCCGGUGGAGGAUGCGUCCUGUUUCACGAUGUCGGCCCGUUCCUCGCAUCAGCUACUACCGGUGGAAGUGACAUACCCAUCCCUCUGUGACAGCCUCUCCGUGGACACCGACGACUGACAGGACGCAGGGACGCUGCUACACGGAUGCACCCUUAUGCGCUCUGGUGAUCCACGGUGACCGGUUCGCCUCGGUGGUGGUGGUGGUGUUUGGUGUUUGGUGACCCAUCGUUAAAAACUCUAAGGAUUAACACACACACAUCCUACCUAUCCAUCUAUCUCAGGGGGGGUUGCUAAAGGUUGAAAGAUGGGGAGCACGACCUCUUGCUGCGUAUCUGCCAGCCCAAAGCUCCGCAGAAAUGCGCACUCCAGGCUGGAGUCGUACCACCAGGAGUCGGAGCUGAGCAGAGAGGAGACGGGAUGCAACCUGCAGCACAUCAGCGACAGGGAGAACGUCGACGAGAUGAAUAUGGAGUACAAUCCGUCAGACCAUCCGCGGGCCAGCACCAUAUUCCUCAGCAAAUCCCAGAACGAUGAGGUUCCCUUCAGGAGUGUGCGAGAUAAACGAAAAAACCAUCUCUUCAUCAAUAAUCAUGGCAAGUCAAAGCGGAAAUACAGCUCCUGCUCCACCAUCUUCCUGGACGACAACACGGUCAGCCAGCCCAACCUCAAAUACACCAUCAAAUGCGUAGCUCUGGCGAUUUACUACCAUAUAAAAAACAGGGACACAGAUGGAGGAAUGCUGCUCGAUAUAUUUGAUGAGAGGCUUCAUCCUCUUUCAAAAUCAGAGGUGCCGUUGGACUAUAACCAACAGGAUCCGGAGCAGAAGCAGAUCUACCGGUUUGUCAGGACGUUGUUCAGCUCCGCUCAGCUGACUUCUGAAUGUGCCAUCGUCACACUGGUGUACCUGGAGAGGCUCCUGACCUACGCAGAGAUCGACAUCUGUCCGGGUAACUGGAAGAGGAUCGUUCUCGGUGCUAUCCUGCUGGCCUCCAAAGUCUGGGACGACCAGGCUGUGUGGAACGUCGACUACUGCCAGAUCCUCAAAGAUAUCACUGUGGAGGACAUGAAUGAGUUGGAGCGGCAGUUUCUGGAGCUGCUGCAGUUCAACAUCAACGUGCCGUCCAGCGUCUACGCCAAGUAUUACUUUGACCUGCGGUCGCUUUCAGAGACCAACAACCUCAGCUUCCCCCUGGAGCCGCUCAGCAGAGACAAGGCCCAAAAACUAGAGGCUAUUUCCAGGCUAUGCGAUGACAAGUACAAGGACGUACGGAGAGCUGCGAGGAAGCGCUCGGCCAGCAUGGACAAUCUCUGUGGGAUCAGAUGGGUUCCUGCAAUCCUCUCCUAACCACUGUUUAUCCGCCAGUGUACUGAACACUGAACAUCCGGCUGCAGACACCGAAACAGACCCAAUGUGGUCGAGUUUUUAAAAAAAAACUUCAGUUUGGAUACGCAGGUAAUACCAAGCGAGACGUGGAACUCGGUGGAGCGGUGGUUGAAAAGUGAAAUCACCUUCAAACUGGAUCUGUAGGAGACGAGGUGGACGCCAGAGAGGGAGAACACGAUACCUUCACAGUGCCUCAACUCUUCUGUUCAUGAAAGAGAGAAGCGACUUCCAGGUUGUUGUAUCAUCUGUUCAGAGAGAAUCCAGCUUUGGACCAGUCGAGAAGGACGAGACAGCUGUGAAAACUUCCUAGGACAUGAAUCUGUCUUAAAGCAUCAGUUUGUCUAGACUAGUCUGUGUCUGAUUCCUUUGAAAGAUUUGACAUAACCUGCCUUUGAGACGGCCCCGCGACUUCACCAUGAAGCCUAUUAUUUAUUUGAGUUGAUGAACUUCUGUGAAGGGUUGCGGCCGUAGUACCUGCAGAGUUUCAAACAACAGUAGCAUAGCACUGGUUAUUUAUUUCCUUUGAUGGGACUUAGAAUAAUAAUAAAAAAAAAAGUGUUAGCAAGUUUUCUCCUUUUGGGAAUCUUUCUAUUGAAAGUUUACAGUAUUUCUAAUAGUUUACCUCUCAAUACUCAGGUAGUCCGUUUCAUCUUUUGAUUUAUUGUGCUGCUCCUCGUUUGAAUAUACCGAGAGCUGAAACACAGAUGACGACGAUUGACAAACGGAUUGCGGAUGGAAGGAGCCAGAGCGAAUAAAGGACUGUGACAAACAUUCCCACAGAUGUCACUGAUACAUUCCCAGUUUGGCGACUUAAUUAUGGGCUUAAUGACUACCGUCUUUAUUUUUCAGACUGUAUAACAUCAAAUAAAGAUAAAGAAGUUUUCCAGAGAUUUUGACUUUGGUCACACAGCUCUCUGCUGACAUCUAGUGGAUAUUUGAGCGUUGCAGAAAUCAUUUCAGGUUGUGGGUCACCUCACCCCUGAAAAAAACGUGUACUGGUAACUAUUAAAGAUUUAUGCCUCUAUUCCAAUACACUGAUGGAGUUAUGUUGCACCUUACAGAAUAGUUUUCUAACAAGCACACUCUGGUCAGCAAAGGGCCACACAUGCUUUUUUAAAAUGUAUUCAGUGUUAUGAAGCUAAAUAACAAGUUUUCUUCAAUACAUUUGGGAAAUUGUAAAAAUAAAAAGUGUUAUACUCAAUGCCA